UUGGGCACCCGCACAUCCCAUUCAAUUAUUUCUUCGUCGUAGAAACAUAUUCUUUCAUUUCUUCAAUUUUCUUCUCCUCCCUUCGUUCAACACAAACAAAAGAAGAAGAAGAAGAAAGAAGAAAAAUAUAGUACUACUUCCAAACAAAGAUGAUGAAGGUUAUACUGAAAUUGGAUCUAGCCGACGACAAAACCAAGCAAAAAGCCAUGAAAAAAGUCUCCGGCCUAUCAGGUCUGGAGUCAAUCUCACUGGAUCCAAAAGACAAAAAGCUGACUGUAACUGGAAACAUAGAUCCCAUAGAUGUGGUGGCAAAGCUGAGGAAGAUUUGCAACACAGAGAUCAUAUCAGUGGGGCCAGCGAAGGAGCCGGAAAAGAAGAAGGAGGAGCCCAAGAAGGAAGAGCCCAAGAAAGCGGCCGACGACAAGAAGAAAGCCGAAGAGGCAGCAGCCCAACUACUCAAAGCUUAUCAACAAGCUUACUAUCAGAACCCUUACUACUACCAGCAUCAUCACGCGCAGUCGGCCGCCGCCCUGCCCUACCCGGCAUAUUAUCAGAGGAGCGCUGAGGAGGACCCUAAUGGUUGCGUUAUUUCUUAAUUAAUUAUUGGCGCUUCCAUUUUCUCCGAAUAAGUAAUGACGAUUUAUAGAAUAUCCAGUGUGUAUAUACUGCUAUACUUGAGAGGUUUAUUAAUUUAAAUAUAUCCUAUUUUUUCCAAAUA